AGUCUCUGUAGAUGAGCACCCAGUGUACGUUCUGGCCACCACGCCACCACGAAUGCUUCACCCAGCGGCACACACAUCCCACCAGCAUCCAUUCAUGGUGGAUCUCCAUGACCAGAAUUUCCCCUUUUUGCUGCUAGUGAUGGAAUGCAAAAAGCAAUGAAAGUUUCUGUAUCGGCCAUUAGGACCAUUGUGAAGUCAAACUUAUCCUGCUUUUGAGAUUGAAUUUUUCUUCGCACAAAGAGGAAUAUACAAACAUUUUAUAAUUCUUUGGAUAUUUGCCAGGUGCAUCAGGGAGCUGUCCCUCUCUCCUACACGGUGACCACAGUAACAACACAAGGCUUCCCCAUUCACACUGGCCAGCACAUACCUGGCUGUAGUGCGCAGCAGCUCCCAGCAUGCUCAGUGAUGUUCAGUGGACAGCACUAUCCACUCUGCUGCCUCCCACCCCCUCUGAUCCAGGCCUGUGCCAUGCAACAGCUCCAUGUCUCUUAUCAAACAUUCCCACCGCUCAUUUCCAGUGAUCAUUAUAUCCUGCACCCUCCGCCACCUGUGCCACCACACCAGCCUCCGCAUAUGGCAGCCCUUGGCCAGUUUGUCCCGCUCCAGCCACAACAUCCUCGCAUGCCACUUCAGAGGAUAGAAAACGAGGUGGAGCUUCGGGGUGAACAGCACUCAAUGGGGGGCUUCUCGUAUUCUCCUUCCCACCAUACUCCUGCCUUAUCGCCCUCUGUACCAUUGUAUCUUCCACACACGCACGACCCACUUCACCAAGAACUGCCGUUUGGAGUGCCAUAUCCACAUAUGAUGCCCCGGCGGCUGAACUCCCAGCGAUACAGAUUACAGCAACCACUGCCUCCUCCGCCACCUCCUCCUCCGCCAUACUAUCCAAGCUUCCUGCCAUACUUUCUUUCAAUGCUUCCUGUGUCGCCAACAGCUGUGGGGCCCACAAUAAGUUUGGACUUGGAUGUGGAUGAUGUAGAGAUGGAAAACUAUGAGGCAUUACUGAAUUUAGCUGAAAGAUUAGGGGAGGCCAAGCCACGGGGACUCACCAAAGCAGAUAUUGAGCACCUUCCAUCCUACCGCUUUAACCCAGAGAGCCAUCAGUCUGAGCAAACCUUGUGUGUGGUGUGCUUCAGUGACUUUGAAAUCAGGCAGCUGCUGCGAGUUCUGCCCUGCAACCACGAGUUCCAUGCUAAAUGCAUCGACAAAUGGUUAAAGGCAAACCGCACAUGCCCCAUCUGCCGAGCAGAUGCUUCAGAAGUGCAUCGGGAGGCCGAAUGAGGUUCGUCAAUGCACUGCUGCACAAAUUUACUCCAGGAUACGGACCUUGGACCAGAGGCCUGGGCCAGCCUGUAUGCUUAGCCUCUGGGGCCUCUCCUGGGAUGCGGUGAGAAUAUAAGCAAUGUAUGACACCCCCUCCCCCCUCACCCCAUGGCAUGGACUGGGCCUGGUGGUUGAGCCAGCUCUGCGGUGUCAUGCUUUGUAGGGGGAGGCAUCCCCACGUGCUCUGCACUCCAAAGACUCGCCCUCCUUGCACCAUUGUUUUCCAGGUGUUUGCAUUCCUUCUUGGUUUUGGGGUUUUUCCUUUCCUGUUUGGUUUUGUGGCUGUCUGAACCUAGAUUUUUAUCCGAGUUCAUUUCUUUCUGGCAGAGCCAGAUUUGGGGGCCUUGAAAGCAGAACAGCUCCAAGGGAGAGGGGGAAGAAGUGCCUGCUUCGACCCCACCACCUGCUUGCCUAGAGUACAGUGUUGCAAGAUAGUAGCGGGGGGAGUAUGUUGGUUGCAACACUGAUGUAAGCCACUUGAGGCCUUGCCAAAAACAAACAAACAUCUGUGGCUGUCUCCACGCUAAUCAUGGCCCACCGGCCCAGGACCACCCUGUGUUUUUCCCUACAUAUGCACAGAAUAGUCCCACCAGCGUCUCAGACUCUCCCUCCCUUUGCAUGCCCUGCAAUGUUGGGUGGAGUUCAGGGUUGUUCUCACAAGUUGCACAGUGAGGUAAAGAAAAAAAAAAAAUGGGCCUAAACCUUUAAGUCCAGCAAUAUUCUGCUGCAAGGCAGUUUUGGGGGAAAGACCCAUUUUCCCCCCAGAAAGUUGGAAAGAGAGGAGGAGUAUGCAAGUGAAAAUCCCUACAAUAAAACAGCCGGCUCUGUUUAUUACAUACUUAAAUGAAAUGAAGGCUUGUGGCUUGUGUUUUGAGAUAACAGAAUCAUGUAAUAAUUGAUGUGUCUUCCUUUUAUUUUCCCUUUGCACACUCAGACCCCUAGAUGAUUGUCCUAGUAAUAUAUCUGGGUUGCUAUUCCUUCUCGGCACCCAUCUCUAGAGAGCGCCCCUCCUCCAUCCAGUUUUUGAGUUCUCCCCGGCAGACUGCCUGCCUAUAUGCUCUCUCCCCACCCCCACCCCCCGGCGUAGGGGAGAGAGAGAGAUGCUCAGCAGACGGAGGCAAAAGCCUUCAGCUACUACCUUUCCUCAGUUCUCUGUCCCGCUGACUCCUGGCUAAGGCCCGAGAGUUGUUGGGCAGCUCCGGAAGACUCCCUGAUAGGAUCCUGAGCCGAGAGAGCAGGCAGGAGUUAUUUAGCUUAUUAUUUACCCUUGCACUAGCCGUUACGGAGAAAGCCUUUCUGGCGACCCUCCCUCCCAAGGCUGCAUGCAGUGCUGUGCAUCGGCUUUCACAGGGCCAGGAAGGCCUUUACCUAUCCUAUCUUUUCCCCAUCUCUUCCCUUCAGCAACCUCCCUUCCCCCCUUCUUCCUCUUCCCGUUUGGCCCUACGGAUGAGCUUUUCUGUAUGGCCUGAUGCUUGUGCGCUCGGUCGGGAACUGUGGCUGAUUUGGCCAUGACACUCAAGCUGUGUGCCUUCUUGUGUCUGCACACACACACACACACACACACUCCUACCUAAAAUACCUGCUGAUUUGAAGCAAGAAAACAACCAACCUGCCACCCUGUUACAGAAAACCUGUUAUCGUAAAAGUAAUAAAUUUAAAAAUUGUCUUGCAUGAUUAUAUCAUGGAAUAAGAGAGAAGCUCUCGCCGUUUAGUUGGUUUGUGUCUGAAGCCUGGAAGAAUCAAGAGAAGAUGAUAAAAAUCUAAUGUAAAUGUUCACAAAUUAUGCAUGCAUGUUAUGACCAGCUUGGAACUUGGUAUUGGCUAUCUCUCUUAGCCAGCUGUGGGGUGAUGGGGUGGGUGGGAAUGAGGGGGUUCUUUGUGCUCAGCUGAUUACUGCCAUGCACUGUACUGCACAUGUCCGCAACGCCUCACGAGGACCGUUAACGCUUUUCAGGGCAUUUCUCUCUCCCUCCCUCCCCUCCAAAUUUAGGAGAUUGGUUUGAAACCAGGUUGGGCUAGGAGGCAGCAUAGUUUUAGUAGAGAGCCAGUUUGGUGUAGUGGUUAAGGCAUCCGGCUAGAAACUGGGAGACACUGAGUUCUGGUCCUGCUUUAUAUACAAAGCCAGGUUGCAAUCUUGGGCCAGUCAGACUCCUCAGCCCAAGGAAGGAGGCAACGGCAAACAACUUCUGAAAUCGUAACUUGAAAACGGGAGGGCCUUGCCCAGCCAUUCGUCGGGAGUCCACCCUGACUUUAAAGAUGCAUGCACAUAAACACACGAGACAGUUUUAGUGGACUUAAUUUGAGGUAGAGUUGCAAAGCUUAGGGGCAGAUCUCUUCUGUAUUAAUAGCUGCCUUGGAAGGAGGACUCUGGCAGGGUCACUUUCUCCUUCAUGGUGCUGCAGAAGUAGGAGAAAGGGGACCUGCUGACCACUCCUCCUCCCUUCUUUCUCCCUUGCCUGGUUUAUCUUGUCCUGUGUCGAUUAGUAAGGCUCCAGGGUAAAUCCGGCAGUAUCGUAAUCGAUCUCUGCCUCUCCGCAGCAAGUGUAGUUCGUGCUCUCUUUCAGUUUGAUGGCAUCUUCUGCCCUCCCUCCGUGACCCUCCUCCAAAUGGUAGACCCAGACCGAUGGUUAGAUCUCGCCUCUUUCCCUUCAAAGUGGGGGCAACCGAUAGGAAGAGGGGACUGCAAGGGAGCCUAAGGCCAAGGCCAGGAAGCAUCCCCCGGGCCUUUCUGCCAUCUUCUUUGUGUGCUGACCUCCAGUUGGUCUUGGUAAGAGGGCCUGGUGAAUUUAUGGAACAGCUAAGCAGGGCUCUACUUAGGGCCACGGGGAUAAAAGGGAACAGUGACAAAUAGAUUAGGCAACGCGUGAAGUCCCACAAGUCUGAGAGGGCUCAGUCAGCCAAGAGGAGAGAAGGGCUACUAGUAAUGGGAAGAGCGGCUUGUGUCCCAUUUUUUCCUGUGAAGAAGGAUAAAGACUGGAGGGGCGUGGCUCUGGUGCCAUCUAGUUGUCAUUUUUUUUUUCUGAACAUGCCAGCUCUCAGCAAUAUUUUACCUCUAAAAGUAGGAGAGAAACUUUGGGAUGUGGCUACGGCCAGUUGGCCUUUUGCCACUUGUCCCGCUAGCCAUGUCUGGUGAGGCGACCAGCUUCUUCCCCCAGCCCUUGUUGAGAUUCUUCACCCAGCUGAGGAGAGGCCAUCCUCCCGGUGCGAGGAGGAGGAAAACGAGAAGGAGGCACGCAAACUUUAGUUUUGUGGCUUCUUUUUUUUGUCAUAAGUGACAGUAGUAAUGCUUAAUAAUACAGUUCGUCCCUGACUCGCAACCAUUUGUUUAACGAUCGUUUGAAAUUACGUCGAAGCUGGAAAAAAAAUGGGGCUUUAUGACAGGUCCUUAUGCUCAGUGAUUGUUGGGGUACCCCAGCAGUUGCUAAGCACAAUUUGUAUGCUUGGCAAUCAGCAUGUAUUUACGAUGAUUGCAGUGUUCCUGGGGGUCACUCGCAACCUUCCCAGCGGGCUUCCGACAAGCAAAGUCAAUGGAGAAAGCCAGUUUCGCUUAAGGUCAGUGGCAAAAAGGCCGUAAAAGCGGGUGUGACUCAGUGACCUCACUGCUUAGCAACGGAAAUUCAGUCCCAAUUAUGGUCAUAAGUCAAGGGCUGCUGUAAAGAUCCUCGGAUCUUUAGUUCCUGCAAAGACACAUCAAGGCAGGGUGGAUGGACUGGCAGCCCUUGAUUUGAAAGCAGCAGCUGGUUUGCAGAUUGAUAAUUGAAUUAGAAGCUCUGGGCAGGUCCCAGGUUUUUUUCCUUGAAUAACAAUCAAUUGUUUCCAAUUGUUAAGAUGAAGAUGAGUGCUACUUUUUAGAAGUCUCUCUCUCUCUCUCUCCUGCUCCGCUUACUCCAUUUACGUUUUGGGGAUGCAAGUUGCGGUGCAUCCGCUCUUGGACCCCCCCCCAGUAAAGAAUUUCCUCUUUCCCCUCCUCCUUUUCAGAGGGGGAGACUAGCUGCAGGGGGACAUCUAAGCCAGGUCUUGGCCCGGGCACAGGCAAACACACCAAGGAACGGGCCGCUUGCCAUCGUCUCCAACUGCAGACACCAGCAGCUUCCUUCCCAGUCCUCCCGUGACGUGUCCCGUUCCCUCUCUCCUGCCAUGUCAAGCCAGUGCCUUGUGUCAGACCCGCCUCUUUCCCCCCAGCCUUUUCCCCCUUGUUCCACAGCUUUUGAAGGGAGAGAGAGGGAACCAACCCCUUAUUCCACGUGUUACAAAUAACCAAAGGUCUUUACUGUAGAUAUAUAUAUAUAUUAAAAAGUUUAAGAGCAAACACACACGGGAGGUGUUUCUAUAUUUAUAGCCAAUCAGAAUAGUGCCGAUGCCCAUCUGUUUUCAGUGUCUCUUCUCCUUCCCCCGCCAUCUUUUCAGAAAGGUUAUUUGGGGGUGGGGAGGGAAGGAAAGCCUUACGGUUCUUCUGACGGUGACUCGAAAGCUCACAGCUCGUGUGCUGCAGAAUUUAUUCCAAGGAGCAGCUAAAAGUUAUCAUGAAAAAAA